UACUUGCUGAAGAGGGUUAUGACAGAUAUUGCAAUGUCUGACAUGAAACAUUUAAUUAAUGCCAGAAUAAUACAAAAGGAAGUCAGAAUACAAAUGUGGAUAUUACCGCAAAAGACAACGGGUUUUCCUGGGAUGAUUCAAUAGAUCGGCAUCUUUGCUGUUAAAGAGUCAACAGCCCACUUCACUGAUGAGGUCCAAAGCACCCAUGAGAGAGGCCUGAACAGCCCUCAGCAGAAGUAACCUCCCCUGGAGCAGCAGAGGGUGCACUGCCCCUGCCCUCGGAUUCUACCCUGCCCACCACAUUUCCUUCUUGUGUUGGUUUCCUGGAGCGUUCGAAACUGUUUCUCCAACGCUUCUACCAAAAACUCAGACUGUUUUCCAAAGCAGAAGUGGCCCAGACCUCCCAGACCGACGUGAUGGGGAGCGUACGGAGCCACCGCUACAGCAUUGUGUCGGAGGAGGACGGGAUGAAGCUGGCCACCAUGGCCGUGCCCAACGGCUACGGCAAUGGCAACGCCAACAAGGUGCACACCAGGCAACAGCCCCAGAGCCGCUUCGUGAAGAAGGACGGCCACUGCAACGUGCAGUUCGUCAACAUGAGCGAGAAGGGCCAGCGCUACCUGGCCGAUAUCUUCACCACCUGCGUGGACAUCCGCUGGCGCUGGAUGCUGCUUUUCUUCUGCCUGUCCUUCCUGUUGUCCUGGCUCCUGUUCGGCUUCAUGUUCUGGCUGGUGGCCCUGGCCUACGGGGACAUCGAGAACGAGACUCAGAUGUGCGUCUCAAACGUCAACAGCUUCACGGCCGCCUUCCUUUUCUCUGUGGAGACCCAGACCACCAUUGGCUACGGCUACCGCUACGUCACGGAGGAGUGCCCCAUCGCCGUCUUCAUGGUGGUCUUCCAGAGCAUCGUGGGCUGCAUCAUCGACGCCUUCAUCAUUGGCGCCGUCAUGGCCAAGAUGGCCAAGCCCAAGAAGAGGAACGAGACCCUGGUGUUCAGCCACUACGCCACGGUGGCCAUGAGGGACGGGAAGCUGUGUCUGAUGUGGCGCGUGGGGAACCUGAGGAAGAGCCACCUGGUGGAGGCCCACGUCAGGGCCCAGCUCCUCAAGUCCCGCACCACGGCGGAGGGGGAGUUCAUCCCCCUGGACCAGAUGGACAUCGACGUGGGCUUCGACAGCGGGAUCGACCGCAUCUUCCUCGUGUCCCCCAUCACCAUCGUCCACGAGAUCGACGAGGACAGCCCCUUCUACGAGAUGAGCAGACUGGAGCUGGAAACGUCCGAGUUUGAGAUUGUGGUCAUUCUGGAGGGUAUGGUGGAGGCCACGGCCAUGACCACACAGUGCCGGAGCUCCUACGUGGCCAGUGAGAUCCUUUGGGGUCAUCGCUUUGAGCCCGUGCUCUUUGAGGAGAAGAACUACUACAAGGUAGACUACUCUCGCUUCGAAAACACAUAUGAGGUGGCCAGCACGCCCCAUUGUAGUGCCAGGGAGCUGGCCGAAAAGAAGUCCAUCGCCUCGAGCGCUCAUAACUCCUUCUGUUACGAGAAUGAGGUUGCCCUGGAGAAAGUGGAGAUGGAGGAGGAGUUUGAGGAGGAGGUGGAGGAGGAGGAACAUCGAGAGGAAAUUGGCAUUGAGAAUGCAGCACUUGAGGACACACACACCGAGGCAGUGUCUGACUCUGAACACAGUCAGGAUACCAUGCCUUUAGAUGCUAGGCCUCUCAGGAGAGAAUCAGAAAUGUGAAUGCCAGGAGGUUGGGAUGGAAAACACACUACAGGAGUUCCUGUUUAAGGUUGAACUUGAGUCUUCUGACCUACGCUGUUAGUAGAACAGCACUAAAGCACCUGUGAUGUGAUUUGUCAUUGUCUAACCUAGACUCUCAGACACCAAACUGUAGGUACUUACACCCAUAAGAUAAAUUGUAUAAUACUAUUUAUUUUAGAAACACAAGUAACUGGUUUGAUAAGAGGUGAUACAUCCACAAAAAAAAAAGAAAUCUGUUCAGUGGAGUUCAGGAAUGAGAUGGGUUAAGUAGCAUAUCUUUUCUACAAUACAGACACUGUGUGAGUGGGCAUGUGUGUGUGGAUGUGAGCGUGUGUGCAUGUGUGUGGGUGUAAACAUGAGUUUGUGGAUGAGAGAAACAAAAGUAUGACUGCCUAAAUGAAUGCAAAAGGUCAAAUUAAGUAUUAUUGGAAUCCAUCAUCUAGUUUUGUUACAGGAAGCCAUUAGACAUAAUUCAUCAUGUGCAUUAUUGAUAGACUUUAAUCUCACAGCAUUAACCAAAGAAAUACUCCUUUUACCCUUGCUGUGAACAUCUUAGUGUUGGUGGCCAUUAUGAAAUAGCAUUGUGUUUGCUCUGACUAAUUCAUGGCGGCCAUAGUGUUAUGAUCAGGAAAAGGUUUUAUAGGAUAUAGAGUGUUCCCAAUCCAUCCUAUACCUUCAUGUAGUUAGCUUUCCCUGUACAACUUCCAACUACUUGAAAAUACAGUAUAAAGGCUAUGUUUUUUUUGUUUGUUUUUUACAAAACUACUGACUUGAUUGUGAUUAUGCAGUAGUACACACAUAAACACUUUGCAGUCUAACUAACAAAUGUUAAUGAGCUGGUCUCGUAGUACAAAAUAUUUUUCCUAAACAGAGUUAGUUUCCUCGUGUGAGUGAAUCCCUCGUUCUGAUAAUGCCUGUGUGUGUGCAUGUUAGCGCUGUGUGGAUUCCGAGGACAUGCACUGUAUUAUAUGCUUCUCAAUCCAUCUACUUCCUGUCUCAGUGUGGCAUCCUGUGCAACACGGGCCAUGUAGCCAGUGACGGUCACUUUGAAGACAGUCUCCAGCAGACCUGGCAUUGGCACAGUGCAAGUCAUAUUCAUGGGGCAUUAUGACAGGCGUCAAGAAGGAGGGCAUGUUUAAGGCGAGCCAACCCUCCAGCUUUUACGUGCAAUAGGGGAAGCAGGUUCCCUGGGCUAGAAGUGAACGAGCAAAUGAAUGUUAAAGAAAAGUGCUGCUAAGUUACAUAUUGACUGCUUAGAGAGAGAAAUAGGAGCCAACAUGUAUUAUUUGUAUUUUUAAGGUAUUGGUUUUGAAUGGAGACUUUAUUUAUUUCUCAGAGUAGUAAAGAGGCUUGAUUCUGUCAGUGUGUUAUCCAAAGCUACAGUAUGGAGCACUUUCCUUCUGCACUGAGAAUGUUAAACCCCAUGACAGUAGAUACUGUUUAAUUGAACCAAGCCAAAUGUAAAUAACUAAGGGACAACCAUCAUCUUUCAUCUGUUGUUUUAUAACCCAAACGUUGAAAACCAAAUAUCCUGGUUGAGGCUGAGGCUAUGGCCUCAGAGAAGUCAUAUUUAUGCAGUCUGCUGUCUAUGCAGAUCAGUGUUCAUGGCAUGCCGAACAUAUUGUGUCCGACGUCAUUUGCAAACUUUGUUUUAACUUAACUGAAGAAGGUCAUGUGAAGAGAACUUCCAUGUUGUCUCUGAAUGGGCCUGUGCAUCGUGUAAUACUUUUGUCAUAAACGCUAGGAUAAGGCUUAGCUCAUCAUUCAGACAAAUACCAUGCAUUGUCUUGUCAGACAGACGUAUUUAUUCACACAUAUAAGCUGUAAUCCUUUACACGUGGGUUUGAAGUCUUUGGAUGAUAAAAUGUUGAAUCUUACUAAAUGUGUUAGCCCACACAUUUCUGUCACAGUCACUUUGCUUGGUAUUCAUGGGAAGCAGAAAUCCAGUAUGUUUGUGCUCGGUUGCGAUGAGGUUAUGCCCAGUUUGUCACCACUGGAGAUCAAAGGAGGGCUGCAGACUGCAUUUAAUCGGUUCUCUGUCAUUUCUCCUCGUCUCCUAAGUCUUUAUUUUUCUAUCAGGGUCUCCCUAACGUCCUGCACAGACUAGAAGUUGUAAAGAUUUUUAUAUUGUAAAAUAUAAUGUCAGAUACAGUAUAUUGAUAUUGCAGUUGUUGAAGAUACUAUUUUAUGUCUCAUUUUGUGUUGUUGUUUUUCAAU